AUGGCUACAUCAACCGCUCCGGAGUCCAAAGCGGACGCCGAGGCCCUGAUACCACUCUUUCACCUCGAGAAGAUCCUUAACCAAGAUCAGUCCGGUCGCCGCAUCACCCUUCUCGGCAGCAUCAGUCGCCGACCCGCCCUACUAAUUCUUGAGCGCGCCGCCUUCACCUCGUCCGCCACAUCAAUUCCCCCUCUCCUCCAACGCAUCACCUCCCUCGCCAACCUCGGCGCCAACGACAUCUACCGCUGGUACAUGUCAUCCCUGUCCCCAGCCGCCCCACCCCUCCCCAACGCCUCAGAGCCCUCCCCCGAAUCGACCGACCUCAAACUCAACCUCAUCUAUCCCUGCACCCCGAAACACCUCGCCAAAUACACGCGCCAACGCCUCCGCCACGUGACCGAAACGCCCGAGAUAUACGCCACACACCUCCGGCCCUGGAUUGCGCGCCAGCGCGCCGCCGGCCGCCUCGACUGGAUCUUCAAUAUCCUCGACGGGCGCACCGAGCAGGAAGACGUGGUCCUGCGCUCCUCCUGGGACACGGACGACGGCUUCCUGCUGCUGCCGGACCUCAAUUGGGACCGCAAGACGGUGUCGGCACUGCAUCUGCUGGCGCUGGUGCAGCGGCGCGACAUCUGGAGCCUGCGCGACCUGCGGAAGCGGCAUGUGCCUUGGCUGAGGCGGCUGCGGGAGCAGGUCGUCAGGGGCGCGGGGGCGGCUGCAGGGUCGGAAGGCGUGAGCGAGGGCGUGCAGGAGGAUGAGUUGAAGUGCUAUGUGCAUUAUCAACCGACGUACUAUCAUUUUCACGUGCAUGUGGUGCAUGUCAUGUUGGAGGCGGAAGGGGGUACGCAAAAUGUGGGGAAGGCGUGGGAGUUGGGUGGGUUGAUCGCGACGUUGGAGGGGAUGCAGAACGAUGAGGAUGGAUUGGACGGCGUCGAGGUCAGCUAUGUGGUUGGAGAGGAGAGUGACUUGUGGAAAGGCCUUUGGGGACCUCUGAAACAGGGUGAGACCCCCACGUUAAACCAGGCUGCGUAG